AACGAUGCGUGCUAUCCCGAAAUGGGUUGAGAAAAUCCACGAUUCUAGCGAAAAGAGCGAUGUCGCAAGUAUCCACUCGAUUUGCUAUCAUCCGGAAGGACUGCAGCUGGUGGUUGGUGCCGGCGACAAAGUGCUCGUGUACGAUCCGAUCGAUGGCAAUCUGAUCAACUCGCUCAAGGGUCACAAAGACACGGUAUAUUGUGUGGCGUACGCAAAAGAUGGUAAAAAGUUUGCGUCCGGAAGUGCAGACAAAACGGUCAUCAUAUGGACCCAGAAGUUGGAGGGAUUGUUAAAAUAUUCACACAAUGAUUCGAUUCAAUGCUUAGCGUUUAACCCAAUCUCGCACCAGCUGGCAUCGUGUGCAGUGUCAGAUUUUUCCUUCUGGUCAUCCGAGCAGAAAGCGGUCCAAAAGUACAAAUCGGUCGCGCGUAUUAACGCGUGCGCCUGGACCAACGAUGGGCAGUACAUUGCGCUCGGUCUGGCAAAUGGAACGAUCUCGAUACGCAACAAGGCUGGCGAGGAGAAGAUAAAGAUCGAUCGACCGGGCGGCACAAACAGUCCCGUUUUCGGGCUGGCCUGGAACCCACCGGCAACGUCCGGCUCGUCGGACAUACUUUGUGUGAUCGAUUGGGCUCAAACGUUGUCGUUCUACUCGCUCGGCGGUCAGAUGAUUGGGAAGGAGCGCAACUUUGGGUUUGAUCCGUUGUGCUUAACGUUUUUCCCGAACGGUGAGUUUCUGGUUGUUGCCGGCUGUAACAAAGCGCUGCAGCUUUUCACACGCGAUGGCAUACGGUUGGGAUUGCUUGGGGAGCAACACGAUUCGUGGAUAUGGAGUGCGGCUGUACAUCCUGCCGGGAACUGUGUGGUCGUUGGAUGUCAGGACGGAACGCUAGGAUGUUAUACGCUUGCGUUCAACACGGUACAUGCGUUGUACCGCGAACGGUACGCCUUCCGGGAAAAUAUGUGCGAUGUAAUCAUUCAGCAUCUCGUAUCCGGCCAGAAGGUUCGCAUCAAAUGUCGCGAUCUCGUGCACAAGAUCGCAAUCUACCGGAACCGACUGGCGGUCCAGCUUCCGGAACGGGUUGUGCUGUACGAGUUAAGCUCGGCCGAAAAUCAACCAAUGCACUACAAGGUGAAGGAAAAGAUAGCGAAAAAGUUCGACUGUAGUUUGUUGGUAGUUUGUGCGCAGCAUUUGGUGCUGUGUCAGGAGAAGAAACUGCAGAGUUUGGAUUUUAACGGUGUGCUGCAGCGAGAAUGGAUGAUGGAUAGCUUUAUACGCUACAUCAAGGUAACGGGAGGACCGGCCGGUCGUGAGGGAUUGCUGUUGGGAUUGAAAAGCGGUCAAGUUUGGAGGAUUUUUCUCGAUAAUUCGCUACCAAUUCUUGUGACAACGGUACUGUCAUCGGUGCGUUGUCUCGAUUUGAACGCAUCGCGCACCAAGCUUGCCGUAGUGGAUGACGCUGGAAGGCUGGUGGUGCGGGAUCUCAUUGCCGACACGAUGCUGUAUCAGGAUUCUAGCGUAAAUUCGGUCGCUUGGAACACGCACCUCGAAUCGAUGCUUUGCUACUCCCACAGCACCGGUGGUUUAAGCGUACGGGUUGGAUCACUGCCACCGCGAAGUCCACAGACGAUGCUGGGCGUUGUGGUUGGUUUAUGUGGCGCGACUGCCUUCUGUCUGCGCGGGAACGUAAUGAGCAAUGUUCCGUUAGCACUCGGCGCUACCAUGUGGCAGUUUGUCGAGGCAGGCUUAUUCGAAGAUGCUUAUCAGGUGGCAUGCUUGGGUGUACCGCUUUCCGACUGGGAAGGACUUGCACAGGCGGCUUUAGAUGCGCUCAACUAUCAAGUUGCGCGCGACUCUUACGUUAAGGUGCGCAACCUUCCCUGGCUCGAGCUGAUUGGGGAUUUGAAGGAGCGUCAGAAGCGUGGCGAAACAUCGAAGGAAGUUCUGCUUGCGGAAACGUACGCGUUCGCUGGAAAGUACAAAGAGGCGGCCCGUUUGUAUCAGAAAUCGGGCAACAACAGUAAAGCGCUUGCGAUGUACAGCGAUUUGCGUAUGUUCGAUCUUGCCCAGGAGUUCCUGAAGGAGGGCAGUGCUGCCGACCGAAAGGAACUGAUACGUAGGCGCGCUGAAUGGGCCUGCUCGGUACAUGAGCCACGAGCCGCUGCCGAACUCUUGCUAUCGGCCGGAGAACCGGAACGUGCGAUCGAAAUCGUAGCCGAGCAAGGAUGGGCCGAUGUGCUGCUGGACAUUGGACGACGAUUGGCGGCGUCGGAAAAAGCUCCGCUUGAGCUGAUCGCUAGCCAUUUGCGACGCCUCAAGGCACUUCCGCUUGCGGCAGAAAUCUAUCGUAAGUUGGGCGAAGAGGAGCAAGUCGUACAACUGCACGUCGAGGCGAGAGAUUGGCCGGAAGCGUUUCGGUUGGCGGAACAUUUGCCAAAAGUGUUACCCUCGAUACACUUCCAGCACGCGCAGUGGCUUGCCGAGUCGGAUCAGUUCAUUUCAGCGCACGAAGCAUAUAUAUCGGCAGGGAAGCCGCAAGAAGCAACGAAACUGCUGAGGAAUUUGGUAGAAUGUGCCGUCUCGGAGGAACGCUACCUGGAUGCGGGAUAUUAUACGUGGUUGAGAGCUAAACAGGUACUUAAAUUGCUCGGUGAUGGAAAGCAGCCGGUCGAUGGGAAUGAUGCCGGUGUGACAGACUAUCGAUCGUUGCUGAAGCUGUCGUCGAUUUAUUAUGCUUACAAUACGAUCAAUUCGUAUCUGAAAGAACCUUUCACGAGUAGUCCACCGCUGACCCUGUUCAAUACGAGCCGCUUUGUAGUGAAUCAGAUUAAUGGAGCUCUACCACCGAAGGGAAUCAGUUUAUUUGCCGUUUAUUAUACCCUGUCCAAGCAAGCGAAAGUACUCGGUGCAAACAAACUACAUCUGCAGAUCAACAACAAACUACAGUCGUUGAAGAUACCGGCCGGCAUACAGGAACAGGUAGACAUCAGCUACAUCAGCAGCCGUGCCUGCCCCGGUGGAUUUAACGACCCGGAGGAACUGUUACCGAUGUGCUACAAGUGUUCGAACUACAGUCCCCAUCUGCAUGGCAAUCGUUGCCCCAACUGUCAGCAGGAGUAUGUCUUUUCGUACGUUUCGUUCGAAAUUCUCCCACUGGCCGAGUUUGCACCCGAGUCUGGCAUUAGCGAAUUGGAUGCGGAGCGAUUGCUGUUGGCACCUCCCAAAAGCGCAAUUUAUGAUCAGCAAGAUCAGUUCAUUCAGGAGGACAUCAUUGAUACCUAUCCGUCAACGCUCGAUCGAGAUGCGUUGCGUGCGAUCGACCCGAGGGAAGUGAUUAUCGUACGCGGACCGGCGCCGCUAGCGACACGGUAUUAUCGCAAUUUGCUGCCGGAACUACAAAUUACCGUCUGCUCGGAAUGUAAUCAGGUAUUUCAUUCGGAGGACUUUGAACUACAGUUUCUGCAGAAGGGCCACUGUCCCUUCUGUCGCUCUACGGACGAAAGUCUUAUGAAUUGA